AUGGACAUACCAGAUCGGCCCUCGUCGGCUCUGCAGCACCGCAGCAGCUCGGCGAGGAGGAUGCACCGCAGGGACUCGAACAUGAGCAGCGCCAGCUUCGUGUCCGAGGUGGAGAUGGCAACAGACGAGCCAUUCUCAGGCCCAAUAUCUGAGAGCGUACCCACGAGUGUUACCGGUUUCGCAUACCAACGUCCCCGUCAGCGACAAGGCUCGAUCACGAGCUUCACAUACUUUCAGGAUGAGGGGGAAUCGCCACAGUUCUCCGACGACGAUGAGGCCGUCGUAGAUAUCAGCGACGAGGAAGAUGGCUACGCAAAUGGUCAUGACCGAGACCUAGAGGCGCAAGACUCCCUGGCUCCCAGACGCAAGUCCUCCGGACGACAGCGGUCCUCCGUUGACGCACCUCUGCUUCGUCGCCAUGACUCUGCCCGUAGCGACACACAAGAGUACGAGGAAGGUAGCGGCAACUUCAGCCAGAAACUUUACAUUGAGGCUGAAGAUCUCACCAUGGUCAUUGCCGGCUUUACAACCAGCUCCAUAGGAUACCUCGUGUAUCUUAUGAUCUGUACUCUGACCGCCGGUAUAGGCUACCUGGUCUUGCGAUGGGCACCUCGAUGGCGAAUCCGUAUAGUCGGAGUACCCGCGGCUCUUCGAAAAUGUUCUUGGGUUGUGGUUGAGAAUCAAUGGGGCGAGUUCACCAUCCACGCUGUGGCAAAUGAGGAGUACGGCUAUGCUAUGUCAUCCGUCUUCAAUCCACCCAGCAGGGAAAAGGGCAACGGCCACAGCUACUACGACGACCGCGACCUGAAGUUUCUCCGGUAUCUCGACUACCGUUACAUGAGACUGAUCUAUCAUCCUCGAGAAGACAAAUUUGUUCUGAACAAUAACUGGUGGGAUCCCCAGUGGAACGAUGUCAAAGCCAUGCGAGCUGGUCUCGACUCUGAAGAACGCGAGCCCAGAGACCAGGUCUUCGGCAAGAACGUGAUCGAAAUUGAGGAGAAGACCAUUCCUCAGUUGCUUAUGGACGAGGCUUUCCAUCCGUUCUACAUCUUUCAAGUGGCUAGCUUGAUCUUGUGGUCUGCAGACGAAUAUUACUAUUACGCCGCUGCAAUUUUCUUCAUAUCCCUCUUCAGCAUUACGACAACUAUUGUUGAGACGCGUUCAACCAUGAGACGUCUGAGGGAAAUCUCGCGCUUUGAGUGCGAUGUGCGCAUCCUUCGCAAUGGAUUUUGGCGUGCCUCAACAUCCGCAGAUCUUGUCCCGGGCGACGUCUACGAGGUCUCGGACCCAUCGCUGACUCAACUGCCUUGCGAUAGUCUUCUGCUAGCUGGCGACUGUAUCAUCAACGAGAGUAUGCUCACCGGAGAGUCGAUCCCUGUGUCAAAAGUUCCGCUCAUUGACGAAACACUUGCUUACAUCGACCUCGGAGCUACCUCAAUCCACCCCAGCAUAGCCAGACACUUCCUCUUCUGUGGCACAAAAAUCAUCAGAGCUCGCCGUCCCCAAGACUCGGACGACGAGGAAGCAGUGGCGCUUGCCAUGGUCGUGAGAACCGGAUUCAACACUACGAAAGGCGCCCUAGUUCGGUCAAUGCUGUUUCCCAAACCAUCGGGUUUCAAGUUCUAUCGCGAUUCUUUCAGGUACAUUGGCGUCAUGGGCUGCAUUGCGGGCAUCGGCUUCAUCGCUUCCUUCAUCAAUUUCGUCAAACUUGGCUUGGCCUGGCAUCUGAUCAUUGUUCGAGCUCUCGAUCUGAUCACAAUUGUGGUGCCUCCAGCAUUGCCUGCCACACUCACCAUCGGAACCAACUUUGCACUAUCACGCUUGAAGAAGCAGCAAAUCUUCUGCAUCAGCCCACAAAGAGUCAACGUCGCCGGAAAACUUGACGUGGUAUGCUUCGACAAGACUGGUACGUUAACAGAAGAUGGACUGGAUGUUUUGGGUGUGCGCCUCGUACAACACCCUGAGAUUCGAUUCGGCGACAUACUUGAGGAAGCCCAUGAGUUGCUGCCUCCAGCACCCUACGACCGAGAUCCGACUAUCGACUAUCGUGUCAACAAGACGAUGCUCUACACAAUGGCCACCUGCCACUCUUUAAGAUUGGUCGACGAUGAGCUGAUCGGCGAUCCCUUGGACGUGAAAAUGUUCGAUUAUACUGGCUGGUCAUUCGAGGAAGGCUCGUCACGAACGGCUCAUUACACCGAGCCUGGUGUGCACCAAGCCCCGCCUCCCGUUGCACGGCCGCCGCCGGGAAUGCAGUACGACCUGGAUGAUGCGCAGGACAACGGGAACCCUGUGCCGGUCGAGCUGGCCGUCUUGCGCUCUUUCGAGUUCGCUUCUCACCUAAGGCGAGCAAGUUCCAUUGUGCGCCAGAAUGGGGAUCCUGGAGCCAGUGUCUUUGUGAAGGGCGCCCCCGAAGUGAUGAGAGAUAUUUGCACCCCAUCUAGCAUACCGUCAGAUUUCGACGACCUGCUGAGCUACUACACUCACAAAGGCUUCCGUGUGAUUGCCUGCGCUUCCAAAUACCUGUCGCGUCUGAGUUUCUCGGAGCUUGAGAAGAUGGAUCGGUCCGAAGCAGAGUCUAGGUUACAAUUGACCGGCUUCAUCGUCUUCGAAAAUAAACUCAAGGAAAUCACAACCGAGAUUAUCGACGAGUUGAAUGAGGCCAAGAUCCGCAACAUCAUGUGUACAGGGGACAAUAUCCUCACUGCCAUCAGCGUGGCGCGAGAAUGCGACCUGAUGAGCAGAGACGUUCACUGCUUCGUGCCACACUUUAUCGAAGGCGACAAGAUGGAUCCGAAAGCGGUAUUGAGCUGGGAAAGUAUUGACAAUUCCAUUUACCAGCUCGAGUCUGAGACCUUGUUGCCGGCGGCAAUUGCUGCUGAAAGCGAUACAGCAGGACCGUACGACUCGAUAGCUGUCGGCGAUUACUGCCUGGCGGUCACUGGUGACGCGUUUCGCUGGAUCAUCGACUACGGUUCCACCGAGAUACUGCAGCGGAUGCUGGUCAAGGGCCAAGUAUUUGCUCGCAUGUCUCCAGAUGAGAAGCACGAACUGGUGGAAAAAUUGCAGAGCAUUGAUUACACGUGCGGCUUCUGUGGUGAUGGAGCUAACGAUUGUGGUGCGCUCAAAGCCGCAGAUGUCGGUGUAUCCCUGUCGGAAGCUGAGGCAUCUGUUGCCGCGCCCUUUACAAGCCACGUCUUUGACAUCUCUUGUGUGCCAACACUGAUCAAGGAGGGGCGAGCAGCACUGGUGACGAGCUUCUGCUGCUUCAAGUACAUGAGCUUGUACUCGGCCAUCCAGUUCACGUCUGUCAGCUUUCUCUAUGCGUCGGCGUCUAACCUUGGCGACUUUCAAUUCCUCUUCAUCGACUUGGCUCUGAUCUUGCCCAUCGCCAUCUUCAUGGGAUGGACUGGUGCAUAUCCGCAGCUGAGCAAGAAGCGGCCAACAGCGAGCCUCGUGUCCAGGAAAAUACUUGUACCUUUGAUGGGCCAGAUCAUCCUUUGCAUUUUGAUCCAGGCCGUUGCUUUCGAAACGGUGCAGCAGCAACCAUGGUACAUUCCUCCACGCCUGGACAAGGAGAAGUCAAGCGUCGACAACUCGCAAAAUACUGCCCUCUUUCUCGUUUCUUGCUAUCAGUACGCCCUUUCCGGCGUGGUGUUAUCCAUUGGACCCCCAUUCAGGCAGUCCAUGAACACCAAUGGGCCGUUCUGCGUGACGUUGGUCAUUGCACUUUCGAUAUCACUGUACAUGCUCUUGGAUCCUGCUGAGUGGCUAGAAAGUUUCAUGGAUCUUACGGAAAUGGAGUUGGAUUACAAGCUAUUCUUACUGGCGCUGGCUCUGGGCGGGUUUCUGCUCGCAUACCUUCUGGAGCAAUAUGUGUUCCCCCGGUUGGCAAAAAUGAUCGGACGACUGAACAGAAAGGUGCGGCCUACACAUCAGAAGAAGCGGAAACAGUACAAGGAGAUUCGGGAAGAGAUAGAGCUCGCCAAGUAG